AUAAAAACAAAACUUUGAUCUUGCAUGCAGCUGCAUUUUCAUCAGAUUUUUAUAUUCAAAUUUAGCUAAAAAAACAACUAAAUUUGUUUCACCUUAAAGCGUAAUGUAAUCUCUAUAAUCCUUUACACGAUUCAUUCGACAUGUCGAACCAGCACGUCUGCCUCCUGUGUUUACAAGAUAUCGACGACACGGGAGCAAAUACCCCGCAAAAAAUCAGAAUCGAGACCCUCUGCAAAUUAAUAACAACGUGUCGUCAAAAUUACAAAUUUUCUCAGGAUGAAUUUGACGAGAACGAUACGUGUGACUUUUGCGCCGAUUGUUAUCCUCUGAUAAGCACAAUGGAAGAAAUUAGGGAGCAAAUUUCACUCCUGGAGAAAGAAAUUGUGUCAAAAAUGAAGAACACUCAGGCCACAAUUUUGCACGAUUCCUCCUCCUCCCACGUACAAAAUAAGGAGAAGAAGAAAAUCCUACAAAUUUGUGACUUAUUUCUCAGCGUGAAAGAAAAUUCUUUACCAGCCAAGAAUGAGGUUCAAGUGAAAAUGGAGGAAGAUCGGGAUGAUGACGUUGACAUUAUCAUCGGUAAUAGCGACCAAUUUUUGGACCAUGACCUCGAUUCCUGCCUCAAAACAAGCGACGAACACGAAGAGGAGGAUGGCGACAGCUUCUGUAUUAGUCCCUGUCCCGAUAAUCAAUCGCCAAUCAGCCAUGAAAAGUCCCGGACCACAAAACGCAAAAGAAAAGAUUCUCCUUCUCCACCAAAAACAAUUUCGAAACGGAAUAAACCUCAACCCGACAAACUGGAAGCGUUGACACCACUAUCCUCACCCCGCAUUAAUAAACGAACCAUCAAAAAACCACCCACACGUGUCAAAAGUCAAUUCUCUUCCGCAAAAAAGACCACAACAUGCCAUUCAACGUCAAACUCGGAAUCAUCAUCAGAAGAGGACGACGAUACAAAAUCUACUCCUGACAACGAUAAGGAUUACACUGCGCAAGUCGACGCCAUCGCGACUUCUGACGCCAACCUCCGCCCCCACAAAUGUUCCUCCUGUUCCAAAUCUUACAAAAGCAAAAAUGCUCUUUCUCGCCAUACCGCGCGUAGCCACGGUGUCCCCUGCCUCGCGCCGCUAUGCACCGUUACGUUUGACUCCGUCACCGCGAGGGACGCCCAUUUGAAAUCUGACCACGAAGGUCUUGCACCUUAUCAAUGUCGAAUUUGCAAGAACAAGUUCCGCUAUCAACGCGACCUCGGUGCGCACAUGGUGAUGCGACACGAAACCGGGGAGAAGAAAUUGUUCUGCGUCAAAUGCGAGAAGAAAUUCUGCCUCGAGGAAAACUUGGCGAGACAUUUGAAACUGCAUGACGUCGAAGAGAUCAAACCGCUCGUUUGUGACGUGUGCGAUGACCGAUUUGAGGACGAGGAGCGUCUUAAGAAACAUAUGACAAUGAUAACUCAUGCAAAGCCGUUCGAGUGUCCUCAAUGCCCGCAGAGGUGCACGCGCAGGACGGGGCUGGAAAGACACUUGAAGACACACAAUAAUAAAGAAAAAACUGAGAAAUGUCCUCACUGUGACCACACCGUGGUCGACAAGGACACUAUGCAGCGCCACAUCGCACGCGCCCAUCCUUCCGGACCUCCCACUCAUACUUGCCACCUUUGUGGGAAAGGGUUUUAAACUCCUGUUCACCUCAGGAUGCACCUUGCCCGUCAU